AUGGCUUUCAAUUAUUAUAAGCUUCUGCAAGUUAACAAUACAGCUAAAGAUGAUGAAAUUAAAAAGGCUUACCAUAAGCUUGCUAUGAAAUGGCAUCCAGAUAAAAACCCUAAUAACAAGAAGGAAGCUGAAGCUAAGUUCAAACAGAUCUCUGAAGCCUAUGCAGUUUUAAGUAACUCUGAAAAAAGAGUAAUUUAUGAUCGGCAUGGUGAAGGAAGGAAUAAUCGGACUCCGCCGCCUAAGGCGUCAGACAAUUCCUCUGAGAAUUCUAAGAGCGCUGAAGACAUAUUUACAGAUUUCUUCGGGUCAUCAUUUUCUGAAAACAAUUUCGGCAAUGCUAAUUGGUUUAGUGCAAGAGUUAAAGAGGAAGCUCCCAUUGAGAAGACUCUACAUUAUUCUCUUGAGGAUCUGUAUAAUGGAUCAACUAAGAAGAUGAGAAUUUCAAGAGAAGUCCUUGAUUCCAAUGGGACAUUGAUACAAGUGGAGGAACUCCUAGCUAUUAAACUAAAGCCGUUUUGGAAGAAUGGAACGAAGGUUUUCUUCCCCGGGAAAGGAAACGAGCGACGAAACAUGUUUCCAUCGGAUAUGGUAGUUCUUUUAGAAGAAAAACCUCAUCCUAUAUUCAAACGUGAAGGAAAUGAUCUUGUGGUUACGAUCAAUAUAUCUUUGAAAGAGGCAUUGACAGGUUAUACGACAAUUCUCACAACUUUGGAUGGACGAUUAUUGAGGAUUCCAAUCAAUAAGGUGAUUCAUCCUAACUACGAGGAAGUUGUUCCAAGGGAAGGAAUGCGGUUUGCAAAAGAUCCGUCCCAGAAAGGAAAUUUGAGAAUUCAAUUCAAUAUUAAGUUUCCAAGUCUCAAUUCGGAACAGAAGGUUAGUUUAAGGAAAAUAUUGCCUUGA